AUGGGUGAAAGGUCGAAUCUGCUUGGUCGACUGCCUGAGGAGAUUCUACACGAAACUCUACAAUACCUUGAUGAUCACAGCUUGGCCAACUUCGCCCAAGCAUGUCGCUGGUCAUACGACAAGGGAACUCCCCUACUGUGGCAGAACGUUGAUCUUAUAGACUGCAGUACAACGAAUCCUGCAACGCCUGACUUGAGUGAUGAGCACGACGAUACGCCCAUUAUUCGCAAACUCCUUGUUCUGGCAAGCAAUCCGUGGAUCGCGUCCCAUGUCCACACUUUGACACAUCGCUGUCAUCUACCACCGCCUGCUAUCUUUUAUGAACUACCGAGGAUCAAUUUUCAAGGCCGCACACUGUCUCAUGACAUAAGGACACUUCGGCUAUUGGACAAGGCUUGCCAGAAUUUCACUAGCAUACACACGCUGCGGAUCAUCUUCGGCCACUGGAAUCUCACCCGCGGUCUUCUACUUGGACUGCUAGGUAACCCAAAUGGUUCUACCGUUCGACACCUUUGGCUCGAGAAUUGUAGCAUUGCUGGCAUCUCACAAAGACUACUCCAGUCAUUCGACCUCAGGGGAUUAGAGAGUUUUCGAUUACGUCGAUUACCACUGCUAGCCAACACUGGGAGACACGACUCACAAGAAGUCUACACUCGAGGCCCAUUCCCGGACUGGCGAAAUGAUAGAGCUUUUGAAAUCAGGCAGGAUGGCCGCGGUGGUGUGAUCAAGACUUCGACUGAGCUCUUCAGACACCAAGAAGCACUCAUCCGAAAUUUGAUCAUAGCCCACAAUCCUCAAGCAGACGAGUCAGAUAUCGAAGCAGCCAGAAAACAGUUCGACCUCUCGUUCAAGGACGCUCAUAACUUUGACGAAGAGAUAUACAAGAAAAUCCCUGACAUUGGCGGGCUAAUCUCUUCGAUUCAGCAAGAACUAUCAGACGAAGAAAAAUCUCCUACAAACAGUGUGAAGCAGCUUCUCGAUCGUAACCAUCCAGAUUACGCCCCAUCUGAUACAGAUCCGUACCCUACAUUCAUACACAUACUAGAGCAUUCUGCUGCUUCUCUUACCUCGCUGAACCUGGAUUGGGUGCUCUUUAGAAGGACAGACCAACGCGCUUCGUCCGAGUCGAAAACAGGUCUGGAAGCGAUGUUCAGCAGGAUGUUCAAGCUACACUUCCCUCAUCUUCGCGCUUUCCAAUUUAGGAAUGCGGUGAUACCCGAAUCCGAGCUGCCACAAGACCUUUAUCUCUUGGAUACAUGUGGACUGACUUCCGAUUCUACAUUUGACGCAGAUAUGUGUGUAAGCUGGUUGGAGUCACAUCAAAGGCUUCGAUCUUUCGCUUGGCCAGCCGAUCGUUUCUUCAGGCACAAAAACACCACCAAACCAGAACUUCAGCAACGGAUCAACGUCGUGAUAUCUAAGAUGGCACGUACGCUCGAAGAUCUUCGAGUAGACACUGUCUACAGCCGGAGUGGUGAAUUCAAGACUGACGACUCGGACGAUCCCAUAGACUCAAGUCGUCGCGAAAGUCGCAGAAGGUUUAUCUCCGAAUUUGCAGCUCGUAUGCAAAAACUUGAAACCCUGAAGAUGGAGGGAGGUAUACCGCGUGACGAGAAACGCGAAACAACCAGAGCCUUGCGCCAGUCACCUUUGCAAAGAAUUGUCAUGAUAGGAGUUAACAGCCCCAUCGGCAAUUCAUGGGGCUUCGCUGGACGAGACAUUGGAUCCUUAGGCAUUAACGAGGAUCCCAACGAUUUUGACGACUUUGGCUCUCUGGAGGAGGAAGACACUGACGAGAUCAUUCGUCUUGGUACAACGGCACCAGAGUCGGUUGGCUCUAGUGAAGUCUUUGAGGCCGAGUACGGAUGGCCGCCAGCUCCGCCAUUUCUGCAUACGCUGGCCUCAUACCAUGCGAAUACAGUUACAGAGCUCAAAUUUUGCGGAUAUCGUGGAGCACCCCUUCUCUGGAACCCUACAGCGAUCACAGAAUACAUGCUCGCACCACUCCGCCAUUUCCACAGCCUACGCCAUCUGAUCCUAUCACUUUGGCUGCAUACACUGUGGGAGGAUGAUCAUCGUGACGAUGAGAUCCUUGACUACUGGCUCAAUACACGUUCGCCCUCUACAACAGCCCUCGUCACAACAUCCAAUGAACCAGCUACAGGCUGGGCCGAAGAACUAGCUUCCAAAUACGAACCUAGCGUCAUGGCAGCAAGAAUCGUCGCCUUGAUGGGUCCAUACAUCAGCGAGCAAGCAAAGUCCCAACAUGGAGGUAUGCACGUGAGAGCGAGUUUCUGCAUUGGCUCUUACGGCGGGUUGUUUGACUUUGAUGUCAUCAUUGGUAAGGAUGCUGAUGGCAAGGAUGAGUUGAGGGAGUGGAAGGGUCCGAGAGAGGAAUUGCAUCCUGAGAGAAGGGCUGAGAAGUUGAGGAACAGGCGAUGGUUUGGUACGCUUGUCAGAAGGGAUCUGGGGGACGGACAGCGUAGUAUGUCUGUCAGCUUGUGA